AUGGACAUUACCUUCAUCACCAUCCAUGACCUGGAUGAGGAGGCGACAAUCCUCUACGCCUCCGAAUCAAUUAGCGAUGUGUUGGGCUACAGCUCCCAGGACGUCAUCGACAAAUCGUGUUUCGACUUUUUCCAUCCAGACGAAGAGCCAAUUGCUCGUGGUGUGCACGGCAAGGGAGUUGGGCUGGAUAAGGCCGCCGUCCUUGCCUACUGUUCAUUGAGACAUAAAGAUGGGAGCUGGGUGCAAUGCGAGAUGGUAUUCACAGUGGUAUAUGAUGUGUUUGUUGCUGCGACUACGCUAUACGUAGAUGGAUCGUCUAAGCGGCAGAAUCGCCGAGAAAUAGCACCACAUAUCCGCCGCCUCUUCGGCCCGGAAACCCCACCAGACCCGCGCAGGGACAUGCUCCACCACCUCUCCGGCAAGUUCACAACUGAUGGAUACCAACACGAACCCCGCGCUGCGUUCAUCUUGAAUCGCUAUACCCGGACCUUGUGCGUCCUGUACGCCACACACGCAACCGAGUCAAUCCUCGGAAUCCACCCCGAUCACCUCAUCGGAAAGAGUUUCUUCUCGUGCAUCCAGGAGCAGUUCCUCGAAGGCGCUGUCGAUGUCGUGGAGCGUGCCAAGGAGAAUGACUCGAUUGCGUAUAUCCGCUUCGCCUGGCGCGAUCCGCGGUUAUCAUCUGAAUCCACUACACCAGAGUCUUCAGAGGAAGAAGAAGAGGAUUCGCCUAGACCACAGACGCAGGAGAGCCCGGAGACAUCGGCAUACAGUACCUCACCCGAAGAUGAACGACCACGGGCUGGAGGGCACCGCAGCUCUGUUUUGGAGAGGUCAGGCAGUGACGAAGAAUCUCAUCUUGCUGGACAAGACGAGUCGUUUGAAGUAGAAGCCGUCGUAUCCUGCACAUCGGAUGGACUCGUUGUCGUCCUUCGCCGUGCUCGCCCCGCACCGCCUCGUGCGUCCGAGCCGGAUCUUUAUGCCAGUCCUUGGGCUACUCACCCGCGUACCCCCGAACGUGUGGACCGCAUUCGCGAUACUUUAAAGAAAGCUGCGAGGUCACAGCAUGAACAGCCAAAGCCGGACGUUAUGGAGUCGAUUCGCCAGGUCGCAGUUUUCGUGUGGUCUAUGCAGAUCAAUGAGGAUGUUGUUGAGACAUACGCAAGGGGACCGAAUAAUAAGAUUAUGAAAGGAGAGAGCUUGGCAAGGGAAGAGCGCCAGAGGAAAGCCUACGAAGAAGGAGAAGAAGGAGGCGGAGGCAGCAGGAAGGGUAGCGAGGAUAGUGGACUUGGUGGACAUUCGGUGGAGACUAGUGUCAGUGAGGGGAACACUCCGGAGAAGGGGAAGGGCAAACGGCGUUCGGAGGAUUAG